AUGGUAGCUGGCGACGUUCACGUGAUUCAUUUUCUUUGUUCAGUAACAAUAAGGAAGUUGCGGGAUUCUGCAGGAGCUCACAUGCCGCGUGAUAUGCACUCAGUAGUCGUACUUGUGCGUGUGUUGUCUUUGGGAUGUUGCGCUAAGGAUCUUGCCUUGGGCAAAGUACUUCCAACCGAGGUUGUGGAUUCUAUUUUCAUUACCAAGUUUCUCCCAGAAUUCACUUCUUUGAUGGUGGAAGACUGCAUCAGAGCAGAGCUCAUGCGCACGAACAGUGAUCUUGGAGAAGAAUUUGUCGUUGGUAACUUCCUAUCCAAACCAUCUGACCGACUAAUCACAUUUUUGAAAGCCGAUCGUUGUGCGAAAUAUCAGCUCCUCAAACUAAUCAGUCAGAUAGGCUACAUUUGGGGUCAGCCUCAUUGUAUGACAAUGAUGAAAGAAUAUGAUAUCGAGUACUUUGCAAAUGCUGGUCAUGAAGACCUGGACCAUUUCGUGGAAGAGUAUAAUAAGCUACACGAGAGGCUAAUGCCCAAACCAGUUGAAACUAUGGAGGCCGAUCAUGAGCCGGUUCCAUCAUCGAAACCAAUACCUGCGGUUGGAAUGGCACAGGCACCUCAACCAUCUACACCUCUUCAUUAUAGUCCUUUUCAUGGUGCAGUACCUCAUCCCUGA